AGGGUCCGGACUAACCGAAGCCGGUGGUGCGCACGCUAUAAACCUACACCCUCACGUCCUCUUUUCUCUCUCUCUCCAUCUCCACCUCUCUCCCCAAAUCCCUCUCUCUCUCUCUCUCUCUGCAUUUUUUGCGAUCUCAGCGGUCAAUGUUACUUCGAAAGCUUACAUCACUUCACUCGUCUUCGAAUCAAAGGAACUGCAGUGUCUGUUGAGACUGAAGAAUUUGUUACUAUUUUUAGCAUAAUGGGGGGAGAGACAGUGAUGGAGUCAUGGUUUAGUAAUUUGUGGAGAACUUCGCGUAAAAGCACAGUGUCGGAACCUGAAAAGGCCGUGAUUGGAAUUUUGGCAUUUGAAGUUGCAAGUUUGAUGUCUAAGGUGGUUAAUUUGUGGCAGUGUGUAAGCGAGAGGCAGAUUGUUAGGUUGAGGGAAGAGAUAAUGAACUCACUUGGUAUUAGAAAACUUGUAGCAGAUGAUGGUGAUUAUCUAAUGGAUCUUGCACUUGCCGAGAUAAUUGAGAAUUUUGGAUGUCUGGCAAAAUCAGUAGCAAGGCUUGGGAAAAGAUGCGCAGACCCGACAUAUCACCGUCUUGAACAUGUUUUUGAUGACCCAAUUGAUAUUGAUCGUAAUUGGUUUGGGUGGGAAUACAGGUCGAAGAAGAUGGAGAGGAAAGUUAAGAAAAUGGAAAGAUUUGCUGCAGUAACAGCACAAUUGCAUCAAGAGCUGGAAGUGUUGGCUGAGCUUGAGCAGAGUCUCAGGAGAAUGCAAGGCAGUGUUGAUUUAGGUCAGGUGAAACUGCUUGAGUUUCAGCAGAAGGUUAUGUGGCAGCGGCAGGAAGUGAAAAAUCUGCGCGAAAUGUCUCCCUGGAUUAGAACAUAUGAUUACACCGUCCGGCUUCUACUAAGAUCCCUUUUUACGAUAGUUGAAAGGAUCAAACAUGUAUUUGGGAUUAAUCAAUUGGCAUCUGUUGAAAAAAACAGUAAUUCUGAACAUAUGAAUGCUGAUUGUCUUGUUCGCAGCCAUUCCUUAUCUGCUCGUAUGUAUACUUCAGUUCAUCCAUCUGAAAAUAGCUUGUCUUGGUUCCAUUCUGGACCUCUUGGGAGGUCAGUUUCAAAUUUGGGGAUGAGUGCUGAUAAGAUUAGAUCAAAGAAGAAGCAAUAUCAAGCUCAUCACCAGUCAGCAACCCUUCGUGGUAAGCCUCCCGUAUCAAAAACUAAAGGAUUGGCUCAUGUUGGACCUUUUAAAGGAUGCAUGAAUGGUGGAAGUGAGUCGCCUGUUCUGCAUAGUUGUAUGCUGACAAGCAGUGGCUCUCUGAUGUCAACUGAUGCUUUCUCAAACGUCAUUGACCAAACUAAAGAUAGCAAGAUGGUGCCACUUUCUUGCAGCAACCUAAUUCAUACUAAAGUACCCCUUUUUAUUUCCAAGCGCGAAUUACUGAAUGCCCCUCCGUCCACUCUUGGUGGUGCUGCUUUAGCUCUCCACUAUGCAAAUGUUAUCAUUUUGAUUGAGAAGCUAGCUUCGUAUCCUCACUUGAUCAGCCUUGAUGCAAGAGAUGACCUAUAUAAUAUGUUACCCACAAGUGUCAAAACCUCUCUGAGGGCAAAGUUAAAAUUAUUUGCCAAAACAUUAGCUUCCUCCAUCUAUGAUGCUGCCCUUGCAGCAGAGUGGAGUUUGGCAUUAACAAAAAUAUUAGAAUGGUUGGCUCCGCUUGCUCAUAACAUGAUAAGAUGGCAUUCUGAGCGGAAUGUUGAGAAGCAGUGUAUGGUUCCUGUUACGAACAUACUUCUGGUCCAGACCCUGCACUUUGCAAAUCAAGUAAAGACAGAAGCUGCAAUCAUAGAACUUCUUAUGGGUCUGAAUUACAUCUCAAGGUUUGGAAGGGAAAUUGAUGGAAAGGCUUUCAUGGAGUCUGCAGGUAGAAGGGCUUGUGAUGGUUAUUUGCUGCAAAGGGAUAACAUUAUUUACAAUGUGUGAUAAAUCAGAAGAGAUUUUUUCACUACAUGACAAUUGACAGAGUUCACGAAGAGCUCUGCUACUGCUUGGUCAAUUGGGCUGCAUAGUUUAACUCUUAUGAAUUCUUUGUUCGUGAUAAGUCAUUCUUCCUUCAGUUAAGGUACUGCUUUAUCACUUAGACAAAUCCUGUUGCUUCUUUUGGGGCUAGUCUCUAUUGAGUUGGCUUGUUUUUAGAUCCACAAAUUUUGUUUGUAAUGGUAAAUUCAGAUCUCACAGCCACUUCCUUGUAAAGUAUACUUCAACUUGUACGGUUUUACCAUUAAAAUUUCUAUGGUCUCUUGAAGGGCAUAUGUUUCAUAACACACGAUAUUUUUAUUAUCCAAUGAGAACUUUGUUAGCUCA